AUGGGGUUCCUCACGGACUACUACGAUAAGCUGGCGAAAGAAGGCCGUCUUGAUGCACUUCUUAUAUUUGGCAUGUACGAUGAGCGCGUUUAUGAAGUCGUAGAUCGUCAUCACUUGGCGAAUGAGAUUUUGAAUAUGCUGCCGUCACCACGAGCAGCCGUGUUUCUCUCACGGGGUAUGGUUUACAACUGUAUUAGCGAGGUUGUUAUUCGAGACUUUAUUAAGAUUUGUAUGAUGCUGUCUCGUUACAAGUCUGUUGAAGAGGGGGCAAGUCUUGCAGAACUUAUUGGGAGCUGCGGGAUUCCAGAGCAGUACCGAAUGAAUAUGUUUAACUUCAGUGAGACGUAUCGUCAUAUGAUCUUGUCGAGGUCAUACUUUCCUCAGCGAUCGGUAUUGAGACUGUUGUCCUACAUUUUUUGCGAUGAUGUUCUCUCGGAUGCGGUGGCUCAGUUACAGUACAAGUCGGAUAUCUUAAAUCACGUGAACAAGGUAUAUGUGGAUACGCCAGACUUUGUCUCAUGGCGCUUUUCUGUACGUGUCAUGUCACUCGCAGGAGGGUACAACGAAGACCGCAGUGACGUCGAGUAUACAGAAGCACUGACACGGGUGGUCACACGCACAAUUCCAGAGUUUUUCAUUUAUUUUACGGUGACAUUUUUUUACGCUAUGUUUCGUCAUUAUCCGAGACGUGUGCGUGGUAUUACCCCACGCUGGCUCGCUCGACAUCGUGCCCUUUUUUCUGCCAUUUACGGUGCUGUUUUGGGUGUUUAUGUCAAUUCGUUUCUUGAGUAUCGUAUUUACAAACAUCGGGUAUUGUACGAAUUACGCAAAAGUCAAGAGUAUCGUCGUCGUCGCGGUGCAGCAAGACGCGGCAUUGAAUACCCUGAAAACAAGUAUUUUAAUAACCUUGAGGGUGUUACGCGUCGUAUAUACUCCAUGCAGUGCACGGCGUACAGUGUCACCGUAGGAGCGCUGCUGCUUUCCAUGCUGCCUCUCACUCCAGUAAAGUUUCCCAAGUGGAUGGGGGAUGUGGCGUGGCGUCAUCCAUUUGUUCCGCGUCUUUUCCCAACUCUUUUGGGAAUGCAUACGGCGUCGCGAUGUAUGGUGCCCUUUGUCUUUGCCCCCUUUGUGACACUGACAAUUGCGCGGUUUAACGGAUGGGGAGCGACCCUGUAUGAUCGUUACGUGGAGUGCCGCAUGCGGAUGUGGUACCGCAAGGUGGAGGUGGCUUUUGAUACAUCAACGGAUGUGGCGGAUGUCGACAUCACAAGAGAUUCACAUCAGAAAACAAUUUAG